AUGGCCCCAAUUCCCCAGGCUGACCUGAUCGACAUGGACAAUCCGUCCUCUGAUGUCGGCGAUAGCCAAGACUCUCCUGUCCGUCGUCAAUUCUCGGAGCCUUUCUAUGCUCGCUCCAUCUCUACCUACGACUCCCAGUCCCCGGAGCCCCGCCCAAUGAUGCUGAAAUGCGAUUGGUGCGGGAAAUUGAUGGAGCUUCCAGAUGACGAGACUCUGGAAGAAGACGUGCUGCACGAGCACGCCAUCAAAUUUCACCCUCACCGCAUCUACCGCGGCGGGUACGAUGGAGCUGACGACGGCAUGCUCGACGACGAGGAUGUUGAAGACGAGGACGGUGACCUCGACGCGGCCGCCGAAGGCGAGGAUGCCGAGGCAGAUGGCCUGCACGAUGACGCAGCUCGCGAAGACCGCGACCUUCAGACCGCCGACGCUGGCGAGGAAGAACUGGCCGAGCCAGUGACCGCUGCCCCCUCUGUCGUGGGCCAACCUAGUGAUGCUGGCACCGCAGUGAGCACCGCCAAGCUGGCAAAGCCUGCGGCCCGAUCAACGGCGGAGCCCACGCCCACCGACCCCGCCAUGGCUCGACAGGAGGGCCUAGAGAGACUCAUUCACAAGCUCUCUUACCCUCGCAGCGCAUUCCCCGAGCAGUACCGUCAGCGAGUUGCCGAAUGGCAAGGCCCCGAGAUGCCCGUCCGCCUGCCAAAGAUCUGGACGCUCCACGAGGCAGAGAACUUUUCCCCAGGGUACGAGCAGCAACGCGCCAGGGUUGACGCUACCUGGCAGCUUGCAUUCUCUGGAACCAAAUCAAAAAAGCGCGACGCCCCAGAGCCGUUGGUCCGCCCAGAACCCUACAAAAAGGCCAAGGUCGCUCGCGGCGAGUUCCUGGAGAUCAACCCCCUGGACGGUCUCGUCGAGAUGCUGAAGAAGCCGGACCAGCUCUCCUAUGAAGAGCUUUACGCUGCCACGGAAGCAGCUGGCUUUGCCAUGAAGGUCUGGCAAGACGAGUAUCUCGCACUGGACCGCCUCUACCUCCGAGCCCACCGUCACCAGCGCGUGCCCAUCACCGAGGAUACCAAGCGUGAAUUCUUGCAAGGCGCCAAGAAGAAGGCUGGUCAUCCCAUGGCGCGGAUCCCCGAACCCGACCUUGACUUUGAGGACAAGAAGGAAGCCAUGCUCUAUGGCUACCGUUACAAUUCUGUCCAGGGCAACACAGCCACCACAGUCAGUCGGACGCCCCAGAACCCUUUCGUCCAGGGCGGUUUUGUCCCUACCCUCGCACAGGGACGAAAGAUGGUUUCCAAGAUCGCGCCCGGUGAGCGGAAUCCAGAUGGCUGGGCCCCCAUUGUGCGGAACGGCAUUGAGCUGGUGCCCAAGUUGUGGGAAGAGCCGCAGGCGCCCAUUCAGGCCAAGGUGACGCGCAAGCGGAAGGCUGCCGAGGCUGAGACGACUCAAAAGCCCGAGACGCAAGAGCCGCAGGAGACUGCCCCGCCACCAAAGUCCCCUGAGGUGAAUGAGACCGAGGAGGAGGCUCAUCCGCCCAAGCGUCGGGCUCGAGGAGGCGCUCGCGGUGGUCGUCGCAUCGCCACUUUUGAGGCGUACCAGCCACCGGCAGCGGAGCCGGUGGUCGAGAAUGCCGCUCGUGGUCGGGGUCGUGGUCGGGGCCGAGGACGUGGCCGUGGUCGAGGCCGUGGCGCUGGUCGUCAACUUACUGCUGAGCCGCACCCAUCAACAGAGGCCGUCCCAGAGACUACAGCACCCGCCACUACCAGCUCGGGUCGGGGUCGGGGAGGUCGUCGGGGGGCCAGCACAGCGGCGCGUAGCAGCGCCGCGCCCUCGGUUGCACCGAUCUCUGCAGCAUCCGCAGAGGAGUCCACACCGUCAAACGUGGACCUUUCGCCCAUGCCGGAGGCGCCUGAGCAGGCCAAGCCAAUUCCGGCCGUCAAGAAGGAGGCUCCCGUGGAGGAUCCCGAGGAAGCCAAGCGACAAAAGAUUCUGAACUCGAAGAAUCCCAAGCGCACCAAGGCCAUGCUGGACCAUUGGGAACGGUUCAACAAGGAAGGCCGGAUCCGCAAUCCGAAGCGGUCCAAAGCGCAGAUCGAGUCAGACAAAGCCGCCGAUGAGACUCGCAAGACCAAGGAGGUCUCUCGGCCGGCCGGUCGACGCCGUGGCUCCCCCUCGCUGGCUCCCCUCCCCGCGGGCAAUCUCGCUCCCAAAGCCCCCAUGGGUAUGCCGCCCAUGGUGGGUAUGCAGCAACAGUUGGCACCGGGACCUGGGCCGUCCCUGCCUCCACUGAAUUUGGGCCCAUACGGGGCUCCCAACCCAUAUGCACCUCCGCCGGUGCCGGGGAUGGGUCAGCAGAUGGCGCAGUUUUCGCCAUUCCCCUUUCCCACGGGGUCGUACGGGCUGGGGCACGGGCAAGGGCCGAUGCAAGGUCCGCCGCCACCCCAAGAUCCUCGCCAUAGAGGACUCUAG